AUUCGAUUUACUUUUCUGUAAUUUUAUUUUUAAAUAGAAAAGAAAACAUUUCGAUUAUGUCAAGUAUGAUAUAUAACGAGCUUUGGAAAAUCGCACAGACUGAUAUGGAGGAACUCCUUCAAAUUGAUACAAAUUUGCAAAACGCUAAGUCGCAAAAGGAUCGUAAAAAAGCUCACAAUACGGUUUCGGAAUUAUACGUAAGAUAUAUUCUUAUCUGUAAUAAAUUAGAAUUGUGUUACGAUCAAAUAAUUCAACCGCAAAAACGAAUAUUAAUAAAACAAUUGUUAGUCUCAUGCCUUGGUAGAAUUUUAGAAUUAAAACAUGAAUUAGUCGAAAUAGAUCUUUCAGAGUAUAGUUAUUUCGAUGAUAUUUUAAUAAAAUUAAGCGUUACUCCGCAAGAAGUUGAAAUUCAAAUUCCGAGAUAUUUUAGACGUGAAUGUUUACAAGAGAUCGAAGGAAAACGGAAAUAUAUAGAGAGUAUUUUAAAAGGUAUAGGUGCUUUGGAUGAAGUAGCUCCACCAAAAAAUAUGACUGAAUCCGAAGCAAUAAGACUUAUACAGGCUCACGAACGCGCUAGACAAGGCCGAUUAAGAUUUCAAUUUAUGAAAGAAAUUUGUCAAAUAAAGAAUAAAUCUGCGAUUAAAGCAGAUGCAAAGAUAAAAGAAUCGUGCGAAAAGACGGCUGUAAUAAAAAUUCAAAAAGUUUGGAGAGGAUACGUGACUAGAUGCAAGAUUCGAAAACGACGUCUCGAAGAAAUGUUAUUAAUUGGUAUGCUUCAACCGAGUCAAGAAAUUACGGAAAAUGCUAGGCAGGCUGAGAAAGUUAAAGAAGAGAGAUAUAAAAAACAAGUUAAAUAUCAAGAGUUAUACGAAAAUUUGGUGGUCGAAGCUAAAGAAAGAAUUCGUAAAGAAAAAAGCGCCAUAAUAGAAGAAAAUAUAAGGAGUGAAGUCAGAAACUGGGUAAACACUUAUUUUGAACAGACAGGAAAAAUUCCAGACUUGCCAUCUGCUGAGAGUGGAGGAUCUAGAAUCAUAUUUAGCAGACAGGGAACUGAGAGCACUAUAAGUAAAUCAACAGCAGUAUCAUCAAAGGAAUCCAAGAAAUCUAAAAAAUCAAAAUCGAAGAAGGAUAGUGAUGUUGAACAAUCAGAAGAGGAAACUGAGCAAGGUUUCAAGUCAGUUCCUUCCAACUUUUUGUCAGAGUUGGUACAUGCUAAUCAAGAAUAUCAAGAAGCAUGGAAGAAUAAAGAUGAAGCUGUAAAUAUGGCACAGUUACCAUAUUUAGACAUGAUAGAAAAUAAAACAAUCAAGGAAGUAGAAAAUGAAGUACGCAUUACAGUUGACCAAGCACUUAGAGAUGACAUAGAAGCAUUACAAUAUGCAUUGGACAGAGAUAGAGGUCUUAAAGGCAAACGUGUUAAAAAAACUCAAAAAAGAAUUCGCCGCAGUGGAAAAAAAAAUAAAAAGAGGAAAGAAAAGGAUUUGACACCUGAUAGAACAACAGAAUCUUUAUUUGAAGAACUAUUAACACAGGGAAUUAUUAAGUUACAUAAAGAAAUUCCACUUUGUAAUUUCAAAGGGGAAAAGUCUUUCAUAAAUUAUAAUUUAAGAGAAAAAAGAAAGGAUCCUUUGCCAGCACUUGGAGACAUAAGACAGUUGAUAGCUGAAUAUUGUAUACUUCCCUUGGGAAACAAUACUCUUAGAGAACUUACACCACUAAUAAGGUCAGUGUUAAUAGCUGGUCCACAUGGCAGUGGCAAAAAAAUGUUAGUAAAUGCAAUUUGCACAGAACUUGGAGCCACUUUAUUUGAUAUUACACCAGCUAACAUUGCUGGGAAAUAUCCUGGCAAAUCAGGAUUAAUUAUGCUUAUGCAUUUAAUAUUAAAGGUAUCACGUUUACUUCAACCAUCAGUGAUAUUCAUGGAAGGAGCAGAGAAGCCGUUUGUUAAAAAAGUGUCAAAGACAGAUAAAACUGAUCCAAAACGUCUAAAAAAAGAUCUUCCUAAGUUAGUAAAAAGUAUUACAAAUGAAGAUAGAGUGAUUCUUAUUGGAACUUCAAGUUCACCAUGGGAUGGAGAUCAGAAACUCUUAUAUCAAACAUAUGAUAAAAUUAUAUAUAUUCCCAGACCAGAUUAUGGAUCUAUGUCUCUCAUAUGGAAAGAUUUAAUAUAUAAACAUCCUGGAAUUAAUAGGCAAUUCGACACAUCUGUAAUAGCUAAAAUUUGCGAUGGUUUUACUAUUGGCACGGUAUUUGCGUCUAUUAAUGAGGUAAUGACUACAAAGCGAAUAGUGCAACUAAGAACUCAUCCAUUGACACAUGGGGAAUUAAUAAACGCGUUAAGUUCGAAGGAUCCUGUUUUUCGCGAAGAAGAAGACACGUUUUUGGCAUGGCUUUCAAAAAUACCUAUAAGUCGUAAAAAACAACGAGCACUUGAGCUUGAGCUUCAGAAGUUGGAAGAAGAAAGUGAAAAACAGCAAAGGAAAGGAAAAAAUUUUCAUAAAUAAAUCUAUUUGUAUUAUUUAAUAAUAUUUAUAAUUUUAUAAUAUAUAUAAUAUAUAUUAUUUAUAUA